AUGCUGAAUUUCCUAACAGUGAGCAUCAAGGUCCAUAAAUUAGUUCUGUUAGAAGCAAACUAUCAUUACGAAUUAUUAAGCCGUGAUGACAAUAUAAGACAUGCACAAUGUAUGUUGCUCUUCAAGGGUAAAACCGAUGAAAAAACAGUUCUACUGAUGAAGUCGGUACUUGUUCCAACAAAUCUGGAUUGUGAAGACUCGAAUAAUCCACGCCUUCAGUACGAUGCUGAACAGCUCGAUAGACGAAUUUCUCUCAUUUGUGAAACAAAUCCCGAGCUAAUUCCAUAUGGAAUCAUGGUUUUAAAUGAGGAUCUAUUUGAUUACGCUAAUGUCAUAAAGAAACUACAUCGAGAUUACCAUAUUCAAGUUCUGCUUUAUUAUCAACCUCAAAGUGAUAUGAACAAAAGGUUAAACUUAAAAGUCUAUUCGAUAAUAGAGAAAAAUAAGAAGUUAUGCUUUGAGAGGGCAGACUACCAAUUAGAGAAUACGGAGAUUCAAAUAGACGACGGAACAAGCUCGAUAAGACAGGACUCUUCGGAGGAAGGAGGAAGAAUUGGAGAAGAGACACGGUUUGUACAGAGAUUGAUAGAAGAAAUCAAUAGAAUGAUUAAUUACUUGGAGGGACCCGAUAAUGCCAACCCGGAAGUUAUACGACAUAUAUCUCUAUUAGUAUCACAAUUACGAAAAGGCGCUACCGAAGAUAUUGAAGGUGAAACUAUGGACAAGGAAUGCGAAAUAAAUGCCUUAAAUAUAAUGUCUGAGCAAUGGGAAAUGAGCUCAUUGUAG